CAACCACUUUCGACAUCUCAUUACGCGCUCACAAACAGACUAUACAGCUUGUAAACAUAAGAGCGGUCUCUAUGCUGAAGAGUAAUUUUAGUAACACAUUGAAGGAAAACAUUUGAGGAAGGCCCUCUUAUUGGUUAACUGACGUAAGAAGACUUGCAACUCAAUAUAAUCCCGAGACUCCUGUAAUCCAAUCGAUCCAUUUCACGUAACUCUUGAGAACGGUGGUCCAUGGUUAUCGCAAAACACUGAGUUGAACAUGUGGCGAAGCAAAUCUUCUUUUAAAGUAAUACAGACGGAGUGGAAAGACGAACAACAAACGGGAAAGGACAUCAUACAGCUGUACAGCACUGAAUCUCGAGCUCGAAAGGAAAGAGACAAAAAAAUUAUCGAGAUCCAGAGGAAAGCUAAACGAAAGAAUGAUUCUGGUAAUUCGUCGCUGUUGGCGAAAGGAAACACUGAGAGGCGAAAGAACUCCCAGACAAAAGGUAGAAAUGCUACAACGAAAUUGCCUCCUAUUGGAAGUAGGGAAAAGCCGAGGAAAGGGGUACGCAGAUGGAGUAAGAGAUCAAGCUUGAGAGACGAGGAGGUGCAAUUAUUACCCGAUAUAAAUUCAUUGACCUUGAAUGUUGAUUACUACAAGGAACGUCGUUCAAAAGAUCCAUCACGAGAUCCAAGAUUUCAACGUUUAAUUUCCAGUUUAUUGAUCAAUAAGGAUUAUUACGGUGACUUGCAGAGAUUUGCCCCACCAAAAAGAGAAAUGAGCAAACGGACUCGACUUGGAUUAGGCUUCUGAAACCCUGGCGAAAUUAACUAAUCGAGACCUUUCCCACAUGCUGGGCGAAGAGUCAGGAGGGAUCAUCACGGUUCCAGAGGGAUCGAUACUUCUCUUUAUCAUGAGGGUGAAGCGCUGUACCUCUCCUUAAACAAAACGAAGAACUAUGUAGGUUAAAAGGACACGAGUUUCGUUGUUUUCAUUUAUAGAAAAUUUCCUUCUUACAUGUGUAAACGUGCCACGUUGAACAGAUUUCGUGAUGUCACGUGCAGCUUGAGGCAGGGGUUUCAAGGUACAGAUGACACCUCCUCCUGGAGAGGCUUGUAAAUCAAUCUUUGAACGCAUAACCGAGCAAAAUGGAUAUAAAUCGAUAUUAAAACCAAUGGUGUUUGAUUGAUUGGUAUCAAUGAUCGGCGAGUAAUCGACUAAGGACUUUCCCAGGAUGGUUCCGAUCGUAUUUGUGUCGAUGAGUAAUUGUGAAUCGGUUAUUAUCGAUUUCUACACUUAUCGAUGGCGUUAACGUAUUUAAGAAUUAAACCAGGUAGGGUCAGUGAAAGUCGAUAAAAUAAAAAAAAUGAAAGGAA